AAACCGUCUAAAAAACCCUCCAAAUCCUCAAAACCCUAGGAGGAGAAGACGGUAGAUCCCCAUUUCCCUUCUCCCCUCCCCACCUCCCCUCCCGCAUUUCCCCCAAGAGGGGAGCAAAUGGCGUCGGCGUCGCCCUCCUCGUCGGCUUCCGCGCUCAUCCGCCUCCCUGGCCCGACCCAUCUGGGCAGCGCCCCACCCCGCGGGUGCCCUCGCAGGCGGCGGCCCCGGCACGCGUCCGUGCGGUGUUCGUUCGCGCCGGUGGAGACGGCGAGGAUAAAGGUCGUGGGCGUCGGCGGCGGCGGGAACAACGCCGUCAACCGCAUGAUCGGCAGCGGCCUCCAGGGCAUUGAGUUUUAUGCUAUAAACACGGAUUCCCAGGCACUUUUGAAUUCACAGGCGCAGUAUCCGCUACAAAUCGGGGAGCAGUUAACCCGUGGACUAGGUACUGGGGGAAAUCCUAAUUUGGGAGAGCAAGCUGCUGAGGAAUCAAAAGAAGCCAUAGCCAACGCCCUGAAGGAUUCAGAUCUUGUUUUUAUAACAGCCGGAAUGGGAGGGGGCACUGGAUCUGGUGCUGCUCCAGUUGUUGCCCAGAUAUCCAAGGAAGCUGGUUAUCUUACUGUUGGAGUUGUCACCUAUCCAUUCAGUUUUGAAGGGCGCAAACGCUCUCUUCAGGCGCUGGAAGCAUUGGAGAAGCUGGAAAGGAGUGUAGAUACACUGAUUGUAAUUCCAAAUGAUCGAUUGUUGGAUGUUGUUGAUGAUAAUACACCUUUGCAAGAUGCAUUUCUUCUUGCAGAUGAUGUCCUUCGUCAGGGUGUGCAAGGAAUAUCAGAUAUUAUCACUAUACCUGGACUUGUCAAUGUUGAUUUUGCUGAUGUGAAAGCUGUCAUGAAAAACUCUGGAACUGCAAUGCUUGGUGUUGGUGUUUCUUCCAGCAAAAAUCGGGCACAAGAAGCUGCAGAGCAGGCAACACUUGCACCUUUAAUUGGAUCGUCUAUUGAGGCAGCUACUGGUGUUGUGUAUAAUAUCACUGGUGGAAAGGACAUAACUUUGCAGGAAGUGAACAAAGUCUCUCAGAUUGUGACAAGCUUGGCUGAUCCUUCCGCAAAUAUAAUUUUCGGGGCUGUUGUUGAUGAUCGGUACACUGGCGAGAUUCAUGUGACCAUCAUUGCCACAGGGUUUCCACAAUCCUUUCAGAAGUCCCUUUUGGCCGAUCCGAAGGGUGCAAGAAUAAUGGAGGCCAAAGAAAAAGCAGCGAACCUCGCCCAUAAAGCAGUGGCUGCGGCGACGGCACAACCUAUCCCCGCCGUCACUUGGUCUAGGAGGCUAUUUUCCUGAACACAGAGUCCCGUAGGGAAACUAGGGCUAAUACCUUGCGUAGCUGUGAUUCUGAUUAGGGAAUUCCGGAGUUGGUGUCCGCAUCGAGCAUCUCUGUGUUAUUCUUUUUGGAUGUGUAAACACUUAACAGUUCCACAUAGUGAUUAGCUUCAGUCUUAUUGCAUGAUAGUUUUGUUGCAUGUAUCAUUUAGAUGAGGUUCAGGUCUU